UCUUGUUUGGAGAAUUUGAGGAGAAUGGCGUCUGCUGCUGCUGCUGCUUGUUCAAUGUCGGUGCAAUUGAUUCAAACCCAACUCCAAAGGAGCAAUCUUGUUCCUUGUGCCAAGUCCAAGGCUUUCUUUGGUAGGAAGUUGACGAGGACAACUGAUGGACUAUGCAUUCGCAGCUCUGCGUCGGUUUCUGUCAAGCCCAAGACAAUGGUGUGCGUCAAUUCCAUCGCAAAUGAUGUAGAGGAGAACCUGCAAGCCAAAGUGACGACCAAGUGCUUCUUUGAUAUAGAGAUUGGUGGUGAAGCUGUGGGUCGAGUUGUGAUGGGCCUUUUUGGUGAGGUUGUACCUAAGACAGUGGAGAAUUUCCGAUCCUUGUGCACAGGGGAGAAAGGAUAUGGUUAUAAGGGAUGCUCUUUCCACCGCAUUAUUAAGGAUUUUAUGAUCCAAUGAGGGGAUUUCACUGAAGGAGAUGGAACUGGAGGGAUCAGUAUCUAUGGUUCCAAAUUUGAAGAUGAGAGUUUUGCUUUGAAGCAUGUUGGAUCUGGUGUAUUGAGCAUGGCCAAUGCAGGCCCUGGCACUAAUGGGAGUCAGUUUUUUAUCUGCACUUUAAAGACUCCAUGGUUGGACGAUCGUCACGUUGUGUUUGGGCACAUUAUUGAGGGAAUGGAUGUUGUACGCAAACUUGUCCAAGAGACCAGUAGGUCAGAUGUCCCUCGCUUGCCAUGCAGAAUUGUAAACUGUGGAGAGUUGGUCAUCGAUGGAUAAGUCAUCUCUUGAUUCUUCAUAAGUUCAACUAUGGAACACAGUUUUCCAGUUUGUUUGUUCCAUAGCUGUUCUUAGAUGAUGUAAUACUUGAUGGUUUCAAUAUAUUUUUAAAGGCAAUGGAAUAUUUAUCAGUACUGCAUUUGAAAGGUUGCUCAAUUUUCAGAAAAUUUUAAAAUGGCAAUAUAUGAGCUAGAGAAUAUGCAUAAU